AUGUCGUCCAAGACAGUUUUAGCUCUGUGCGCCCAAGCUCUAUUGAUGCAAUGCAUCACGGCCUACGUUUACGGGGAAAAUCCUUAUGAAAGAGCAGCGUACGCUGAAGCUUGGGGACCCUAUGCUCCAUCAGCCGGCUACAGCCCGGCUACCCUGGCCGCGUCCAACUGCGGCGGUUUAUUCGUCAGCAGCUCCUCCCCAAUCUCACCCAGUGGAGUCACAAUGAUCUCCGAGAACGCCAUCGAAGGUCCCCUAGCUGUCGGCGGUCAGAUACCGUUCCUCGGCGCUGUAGCGGUAGAAGGCGCCUUACCAACCGCUGGUGCUGGAGGCGUCGCUUACGGCUGUGGGAACGGAAAUGUCGCUAUCUUAGCUGAAGAUCUAGCUGGGUACAGACCUGGUCCAGGACCCUAUGGGUACGGGCCGUACGGUUGUUAA